AAAUGACCUGAUGAUGGUAAACGGAUGAAACUUUCAGUGCGCACGGAACUUAACUCUAUCUGGUGCAUUAAAAUCGAAGUCUGAAUUGGCCAUUUCGUGUGUGUCUCGUGUCUAAAAACCAAUUCAAAUUCGCACAAAACCGGCAGGAACUUGACAUUUGCAGCUGAAAAGGAGCUGUUUUCUCUUUCAAAUUGUGUAAAAAAAUGCUCAGUCGCAUUCCAACUUCGAGGACCAGCUAUUUAAAAAACUUUUACGAGAAGGUCUGAAAUCGCGAUUUCGAGCCAAUUUCAUUUAAAAAUUUAUAGAAAAUCGCAGGAAAAUCGGUAGGAACUGGAAAUUUGUAGCUGAAACGAGUGGAGUUUUUUCUUUUAAAUCGUGUUGAAAUGAAUGCUGUCGCAUUCCAACUUCGAGUACAAGCUUUUUUUACGCUUACAAGAGCUUAAACUGAUCCGUCAUUUUUCCCUGCCAGUUGAGCAUAACCCGACUUAACUUGCCUUGUUGACGUUUACGAGUUGUCCCCAAGUGGGGAGGCAGUUUGUUUUAUGCAAAACAAUUUAAAUAUCUAAUGAGGCUCUAUUAUAUGAAUAUCCGGCGGUCUCAAAAAGCUCACAUUGCUGCCGGUCAUGCACACUGCACAUUUUCACGCGUUACUUCCAUAUUAUAAGAACACCAGUUCAUUUAAAAGUAUAAAAACCCAAGCGAAGUUCAAUUUCAGCCACUGCAAUGAGUAUAUUGAGGCACCUUUCAGCCAUAGGCUGGCACCGUAUGCUGGUGCUGUUUCUAGCCAUAUGGUUGUUGGUUGUCUUGCUCCUGGCCUAUCCAGGCAUCAAUUCAGCCAACACUUUGGACCCCAAGUCCACUGAGAAGCUGGUCAGAGCCCUCACGGACUUGGAGGCGCUUCGCAAGCAAAACCAGGAAUUAAGGGACAUUUUCAACGACAUAAGUCUCAACAACAUGAACGACGAACAAAAAGAGGCGAUAGAGAACUUUCAGAAGCGCCUAACUAAAGCGGAGCACCCGCUGCAGAACAACGGCCUGUAUUCCCGAAGCCUCAAAGAGGAGCCGAAUCUCGAGUACGAACUGCUGAGACGGCGAAUUCAGGCCAAUACCAAAGAGUUUUGGUAUUACGUGCGCUCUAGUCUUUUGGACCUUCAAAAUAAAGCCACUCCAGCAUCCGAAACCGUCGAUAUUAUUGAGCAAGUGCUUUCGUUAGGCGCUGAACACCAACGCUCGCUAUUGUACGACAUUGACCAGCUAGCUGCGGCUGAUGGAUACGCGGAAUGGAGGCAAAAGGAGUCGAACGACUUGAGCAAUCUAGUACAAGUCAGGUUCAAGCUGCUGCAAAACCCACCGGAUUGCAACAAAGCCAAGAAGCUGGUCUGCAGCUUAAACAAGGGCUGCGGCUUUGGGUGCCAACUGCACCAUGCAGUCUACUGCUUCAUGCUGGCUUACGGCACGGAAAGAACUCUGAUCCUCAAGUCAAAGGGUUGGCGCUACCACAAGGGCGGCUGGGACGAAAUCUACUUGCCAAUCAGCGACACUUGCACGACUAAUAAAGGCGGCAGCAUGACUAGUUGGCCUGGUCACGCUGACACUCAAGUAGUCAAUCUGCCUAUAAUUGAUAGUCUGUCGCCCCGGCCACCUUUUCUGCCCCUAGCUAUUCCAGAGGAUUUAGCACCACGAUUGACGCGUUUGCAUGGGGAUCCGGCAGUUUGGUGGGUGGGCCAGAUUUUAAAAUACCUGCUCAGACCGCGCGAGAAAACCGCUAGUAUGAUACAGAAAGCUAUGAACAAACUGGGCUACGAAAAGCCGAUAGUGGGGGUGCACGUUCGGAGGACCGACAAGGUUGGAACCGAAGCGGCCUUUCACCCCCUCGAGGAAUACAUGGUGGAGGUGGAGGAAUAUUACAAUCAACUGGAGCUCAAAGGGCCCGUGAUCGUGCGGCGCAUUUAUUUGGCUUCGGACGACCCCAAAGUGUUGAGCGAGGCGAAAACAAGGUAUCCGCAGUACGAGAUCAUUUGCGAUCCGCAAAUAUCCAAAACCGCCGCUGUUUCCACUCGAUACUCCGAUACUUCACUGUUUGGCAUCAUCUACGAUAUCCAUAUGUUGGCCCUCAGUGACUUUUUGGUGUGCACAUUCUCCUCCCAAGUUUGUCGGAUUGCCUACGAAAUAAUGCAAAUGUACCACCCGGACGCGGCGUCCAAGUUCAAAUCUCUGGACGAUAUUUACUAUUACGGCGGCCAAAACGAGCAUCAUGUGGUAGCCGUGUGGCCGCACGAACCGAAAAAAACUGGAGACAUGCAAAUGCGAUCGGGCGACUUAAUCGGCGUGGCAGGGAACCAUUGGGAUGGCUUCAGCAAAGGCAGGAAUUUGCGAACGAACCAGAUCGGUUUGUACCCGACGUUUAAAGUGAAGGAUAAAAUAGAGACUGCAAAGUUUCCGACUUAUUCCGAAACGGUUGAAUCUCAAGAGGAGCACAAGUGAAGGACAACGAAAAUGGUGUUGACAACAAAAGUGCACAAUAAUUGAUCGCACAGGCGACAGAUAUAAUAUUAAAAGCAAAACGUGAUAACCCCCCCUCUUGUUGGUUGUUGGAAUGGUUCUAGCGAUCUAGGAGCGCGGCUCUCUACUAACACUCAUUUACGUAAUUAAUUUGAACAAAUCCCUUGUACAAAUGCGACAAACUCCUUCAAAGUGCAAUUUUAUUUCGAACAUUAGCUAAGCUCAAUGGACGUAUAAGGACAAACGUAUCGGUGUUUACGUAAUUAUAGUGUGCAAUAACAAUAAUGUAUACAGUG